AAUGCCUGGCAGGGUGGGAGAGGAAAGGGAAGCCCCUGAAGCCUUGCGCCAUUGUUGAGGAUAUUUGUGUACUCUCUCUCUCUCUCUCUCUCUCUCUCUCUCUCUCUCUCUCUGUUACACACACACACACACACACACACAUCAUGCCAGUCAGCUCCGCUGGACCACCAGCUUGGAUACAAAGUGACCGUGGGAGUCGGCAUUGAACACACAACAGCACACAGACACACACACACAGUGAGGGGAGAGAGGUGCAGCAAGAGGUCGCUGGACGGACAGGACUGGGGAGUUCACUGGACCGUGGCCGGAGCGCCGGCCGUAGCAGCUCUUCAGGAUGAGCUCAGUAAUGUAUGAGAUUAUGCAGCAGGAGAUCAGGCCGCUGCUGGCAGUGGAUAUUAUUGAGCAGCUUCACAGGAAAUUUGCCCUCUUAUCAGGGGGGCGAGGAAAAGAUGGCGCUCCGAUCAUCACCUUCCCAGAACACUCUGCCUUUAAUGACGUCCCUGAUGAGGACUUCCUGAAUGUCGUCACAUACCUGACCAGUAUUCCAAGUCUGGAUGCUGCUAGCAUCGGCUUCGUCAUCAUCAUCGAUCGUCGCAGGGACAAAUGGAGUGCAGUAAAGGCCUCCCUGGCAAGGAUAGCGGGGGCAUUUCCAGGGAACCUGCAGCUUGUCCUGGUGUUGAGGCCCUCACGCUUUCUGCAAAGAACAAUUGCCGAUAUCGGCAUCCGGUUGCACCGGGACGACUUCAAAAUGAAGGUACCGAUUGUCAUGCUUAACUCCCUGUCUGACCUGCAUGGUUACAUCGACAAAGGCCAAUUGACGUCUGAACUGGGUGGAAAUCUUGAAUAUUGCCACAGUCAGUGGAUCCAUCACAGAACUGCCAUCGAGAAUUUUGCAGUGACGGUGAAAACCACAGCCCAAAUGCUGCAGAAGUUUGGCACAGAUCUGGCAGAAACAGAACUUCCCAAUGAUGUGCAAUGCACUAAAGAUCUGCUGGGUGCCCAUACAGAGAAACACAACAAACUGAAGGAUGAACUCAAGCUUUCCAUGAAGCAAGGAACCACCCUGCUGUCCUGCAUCAAAGAGCAAGCCAACAAAUCAGAAAGCCAUAAAUUAAACCCAGAUGAAUCAGAUAACCUGACCACAGUGGAAAGGUUGUUGGCACAGCUGGAUGAGACUGAAAAUGCUUUUGAGCAGUUCUGGUCCAAACAUCACCUCAAGCUGGAGCAGUGCCUGCAGCUGCGACACUUUGAGCAAGACUUCAGAGAGGUGAAAGUCUCAUUGGACGGCUUGAUGAAGACGUUGGCCGCGCUGUCCGACAUCGGGGACUCAGUGGCCCGCGUGGAGCAGCUGCUGAAGGAGCUGAAGAGCCUGGAGGACAGGGCGCAGGAGUUCUUGGAAAAGGCCCAACGGCAUGCUUCAUAUGGCGACCAGCUCAUCCAAAGCAACCACUAUGCUGUGGACUCCAUAAGGCCAAAGUGUGUUGAACUGAGACGCAUCCGUGAUGACUACAACAAUGAAGCCAAGAAGAAAUACGAUGUCCUGUCCAAAUCACUUGAAAUUCACAAGGGCAUUGACAAGGUGAACCAGUGGUGUGAGUCGGGAGUGUAUCUGCUGGCCUCUCAGGCUGUGGAUAAGUGCCAGUCUCAGGAGGGGGCUGAGGCAGCACUGCAGGACAUUGAGCGCUACAUCGAGACAGCUGAGGAGCAGCAACUGAGCAUGCUCAGAGAGCUCUACAACCAGCAUGAGCUCAUGCUCUCAGACUAUAUCAAGAGCAAUGUCCAGAAGGCGCUUCAGAGGCUGCAAGAUGUCCAGGAGAUGUUUGAGAAGAGACACGUCAGCCUUAAAAAGCUGUCAGCCAAACAGACUCGACCGGUGCAGCCCGUAGCUCCACGGCCAGAGUCCUCGCCCAAGCGACCCUCGCCAAAAACUCCCAGGCCACCAAGCACCACAGCCACGAGACGCGGCUCAGAGAAUUCAAGUGCCACCAAGCAGACCACUGAUGCGGAACUGGCGAAGAAGAAGAACAUUCGGAAGGCCAAAGGGGGCAUAAAGAUUGAGGUGAUGCAUGAGGCAAGCCAGGGAGGCUCCAGCCACAUGCUGGUGUCCAGUGAGACCGAGGAAAGCCUUUCGAACAGACGCAGGCACAUUAUGACUGAGCUGAUCGAAACAGAGAGGUUGUAUGUGGAAGAGCUGCAGAGCAUCAUUGAGGGCUAUGCAGCAGAGUUGGACAACUCUGAGCUCUCUCACCUCAUCCCCCCAGCCCUGGAGAACAAAAAAGAAGUCCUCUUCGGAAACCUACCUGAGAUCUACGAGUUCCACAAUCUUACCUUCCUAAAAGAGUUAGAAAACUGCUGUGAAAAGCCAGAGCUGGUGGGAACUUGCUUUCUGAAAAGGAAAGAAGAGCUGCAGAUCUAUGAGAAGUACUGCCAGAACAAGCCACGCUCUGAAGCCCUGUGGAGACAAUGCGGAGACAGUCUGUUCUUCCAGGAAUGCCAAAAGAGACUAGAUCACAAGCUGUCACUGGAUGCAUACCUACUGAAACCAGUUCAGAGGAUCACUAAGUAUCAACUAAUGCUGAAGGAAAUGUUGAAAUGUAGCAAGAACUCAGAGGGAACGGUUGAGCUGGAGGAGGCCUUGGCAACUAUGCUUGACAUCAUCAAGUCUGUCAAUGAUUCUAUGCAUCAGAUCGCCAUCACUGGCUUUGAGGGAAACCUCAAUGACCUUGGGAAACUGCUAAUGCAAGGUUCCUUUAAUGUGUGGACAGACCAUAAAAAAGGUCACAAUAAGGUAAAGGACCUUGCGCGAUUCAAGCCUAUGCAGAGACACCUCUUCUUGUACCACAAAAUGCUCCUCUUCUGCAAAAAGCGUGAGGAGACUACAGAGGGCCAUGAGAAAUCUCCCUCCUACAGCUUCAAGCACUCCCUAAAGAUGAGUGCAGUUGGUAUCACAGAGAAUGUGAAGGGUGACAUAAAGAAGUUUGAAGUGUGGUACAAUGGGCGAGAGGAAGUUUACAUCAUUCAGGCCCCUUCCAUGGAUGUGAAGAGUAUGUGGGUGUCGGAGAUCCGCAAAGUGUUGACGUGUCAGCUGGAGGCGUGCAGAGAGGCGAGUCAACUUCAUCAAAGAAUCUCAGAAAACAUUUACCAUGCUCCCAUGAGAAACACACACAAGAUGGCCCUCAGACAGUCUGAUUCCUCUAGUCCAGAGACCGGCUUCAGGCGCAGUAACCCUAGCCCCAACAUGCGACAGAAAAGAGCUGACGCUGCCGCCAACACUUAUCCUGACCGCAGCACUAACACCGACCGCUCCUCUGCUCUUGCUAAAAAGCGCUUCACCUUACAGCGCCUAUCCAACCGCAGAUCCCUUCCCGCAGAACCUGCACCCAAGGAGAUGGAGGUUCCUCGCCGCUUCUCUCUAGUCUCCUCUGUUAGUGCCUCUACCGCCACGCGCGUCACCAAAGGUCGACUCUCUUCUAGCCUUAGAUCCAAGAGACAUGAGAUUAAGAGUGACCCCACACCACUAGGUUAUGAAGAUGUACAUGGGGGUGUGCCAGUCCCAAGCAAACAAAAAGGUACCACAAGUACCAACUCAGCUGUGCCUAGAUCCACCUCCCAGCCAGGAUGGACCCAGCGGCGCUUGCCCUCAAUGGACACAGAAGAUUUUGAAACCAUACCAUCAAGUGCGGAGGAACUCUCCAACUCAUCUGACGGUGAAGAGGAGCGAAAUAACAAAAAUGGGGAAAAUGAGCGGUUCCAGGCCCAGUUGGCGUAUGAGGCAAGGACAGGGCAGGAUCUGGCUUUGGAGUCAGGGGAAAUCGUGCAAUUCCUGGAAGAGGCCGAAAAUGGCCACUGGCUAGUCAAGAACCAUAUUACACAGAAGACAGGCCUGGUGCCACCUGCAAUACUACAGUCAACCGCAGGAAGACAUGAGCUUUACAGUCACACUGACAUCUUCAGUGACUUGUGCACCGCGGCACUAACGGACACCGAGGAGAACGAGGAUGACGCCGGGGGUGACGUGGCUACAGUCAACCGACGGAAUUGCAUCUAAGACUGCCGAUCCGACCGCCUCGCUUCAGUGCCAAGCAUUUAAAUGAAUGCUGCAGGAUGGGUGCCCGUGUAAAAUUUCUUCAGAGAGAAAAAAAAGCACAACAAAUACCACACCACAACGUCUGCAAAGAAUGUCCCAUCAUUGUAUAUGGGCAACCCCUGUUGCGUUGCUGCUACAGCAUUGCCAGCCAUAUUGAUGAAGAGAACGAGAAGAUGGGGGGGGGGGGGGGGGGUAGUGAACUGCUCCCUCCGGCCUCAGUAGCCCUACUUCAGCUGCCAAUGUCAAGCAACAAAUUGCAUGCCCAGUCAGCCAGGACCCCCAGGAGAAUCUCAAGCCCUUGUAAGCUGGUGCUCAGUGCUUUCAUUACCAAACUUCACUGUGCCUUCGUAGGGGCAUAUUGUAGCCUGCUCUCCUUUGGCUAAAAGUGCUCAACAUUUUUGAGGGGGAAUCACUCCAGUGACAAUAUGGGUCUCAAAAUACCACAGCGAAACGAGGAAUGCAUACAGUGUGUCACAAGCUUGACAAUGACAUGGCAUACUGUGAAUGCUCUGCACACAGGCUUGGUUUUAUCCUGACUCUGAGAGAACAUUUAUCAACUGUACUGUCCUGCUGAAAUUUUCAACCUGUACACUAGUCUCUGCUAUUAUACACAGCACUUCUUGAAGAUUUGUGUAAUGUACCUGUAUAUUUGUAUACUCUUUCUAAAAUGUCAGCUAAACUAGUGUUUCCUGGCUUUAUUACAGUUAAAUCUCAUUUGGAAAGUGUCAAGUCAUAUAUGUAUGUAAUUGUUGUAAAGAUUAUUGGCUUAUAUCUUUAAUGCAGGUAUCCAUCUCAAAUACUUUUUAUAGGCUAGCUAAAGACGUUCAGAAUUGCCUUGGUAAUGACACUUUAAUUAAUAUAUCAGUUAAAUUGAAUAUUUACAACAUUAACUCAGUAUUUUAGUAACUCUCACCAUCAGAUAUAUUCCAAUAGUACUGUAGGGACUAUGUGGCAGUACUGUUUUGUUACAGUGUUGCAUACCUGAAUGUUUCAAUGUAAGUUUGUAUAUUAUGUCAAUAAUAUUAUUCUUAAAUUUCAUUCAUCUUUUUGUAAUUAACCUUGUAGUGACGCCAUACCAUAGAUGAAUGGUUUUUAAACCUUUCAAACCAUUUCAUCCAAGCAAAAAAGCAUUCCAUCAAUAAUACGCCACAGUACAGCUGUCUCUAUUAAGGGAUACUAUUCAAUUCAGAUACCUACCAAAUCAUUUCAAGGAAUAUAUAUGUACAGUAUAAAGAUCUUUUAAAGGCUUUCUCGAAAUUAAGUGGAAUGACACAAUUCCAUAGCAGGCCUCUGUAGUCCUUUCAAGCUGUCUGCUGAGUUUCACAUUGAAUAUUUGAAGUCUUACUUAAAACUCAGAUGAUUGUAAACAAAAGCCUUCAGUGGUUACUGCAUACUGUUGGGUUCAUAUGAAAUUGUCAUAUCUUGUAUUUAAAUUGACCAUUAUUAUUUAAAAGAUUAAGGGUUCUCUGACUAAUUCUUUUUGAAAAUUAUCAAUGGAAUGUAUGAGAAAUGUUUUAUUUCCUGUCUGUACAUUUGUAAGAAUAUGAAAAUACAUGGGCUAUAAGAGUA